AUGACAGUGUCCAAUACGAAGAAGAGACGGCGGACCGCUCUCCAGGACGGCCCUCAACGACGGAGGCAGGAGGAGCAGGAGGCGGUGUCGGGAACCAAGAUGCAGGAGAUUGUUGUUUCCAGAGGAAAGAUCCUGGAAUUAUUACGGCCAGAUGCCAACACAGGAAAGGUGCACACUCUUCUCACAAUGGAAGUGUUUGGCAUCAUCAGAUCCCUGAUGGCCUUCAGACUCACUGGAGGAACCAAAGAUUACAUUGUUGUGGGGAGUGACAGUGGUCGUAUCGUCAUCCUGGAGUAUCAUCCAUCAAAAAAUAUGUUUGAGAAGAUCCACCAGGAAACAUUUGGGAAGAGCGGCUGCCGCCGUAUUGUUCCUGGACAGUUCCUUGCUGUUGACCCAAAAGGCAGAGCUGUAAUGAUAGGUGAGAAUUUUAUGAACGUUGGAUUUCCUGGUGGUUCUGAUGGGCCCAGUGGGGUUUUAAUCUGCUCUGAAAACUACAUCACGUACAAGAAUUUUGGAGACCAGCCUGACAUUCGCUGUCCCAUUCCACGGCGUAGAAACGACCUGGAUGACCCAGAGCGUGGCAUGAUAUUUGUGUGCUCAGCUACCCACAAGACCAAGUCCAUGUUCUUUUUUCUGGCCCAGACUGAGCAGGGAGACAUCUUUAAGGUUACUCUAGAAACUGAUGAAGAAAUGGUCACAGAAAUUAGGCUGAAGUACUUUGACACAAUUCCCGUUGCAACAGCGAUGUGUGUCCUGAAGACUGGCUUCCUCUUUGUGUCUUCAGAGUUUGGAAACCAUUACCUUUACCAGAUUGCACACUUGGGUGAUGAUGAUGAUGAGCCCGAGUUCUCAUCGGCAAUGCCGCUGGAAGAGGGAGACACCUUUUUCUUUCAGCCACGUCCACUUAAAAAUCUUGUGCUGGUGGAUGAACAGGAGAACCUGUCACCAAUCAUGUCCUGUCAGAUUGCUGAUUUGGCCAAUGAGGACACACCUCAGCUUUAUGUAUCAUGUGGACGAGGACCCCGGUCCACUCUAAGGGUCCUUCGGCACGGACUGGAGUGGUUUGUGGCGUUCACGUUCUGGCUCACUCUGUUUGAGGAGAAACCAGACCAUGGAUGGCCAUUUAUUCAUCAUCAACCCAAUCUAGUACUUUGUCUUUUCUCUCCAUCUUACCUCUGUGGCUCUUUCACUCCCUCCUCCAUACAGGUUUACCCAGAUGGUAUCCGUCACAUCCGAGCAGACAAGCGUGUGAACGAGUGGAAAACUCCUGGUAAAAAAACUAUUGUCCGCUGUGCUGUGAACCAGCGGCAAGUAGUCAUCGCCCUCACUGGUGGGGAGCUGGUCUACUUUGAGAUGGACCCGUCUGGCCAGCUGAAUGAGUACACAGAGAGGAAAGAGAUGUCUGCAGAUGUGGUUUGUAUGAGCCUGGCCAACGUUCCUCCUGGUGAGCAACGCUCCCGAUUCCUGGCUGUUGGGCUGGCUGACAACACUGUUCGCAUCAUCUCCCUGGAUCCUUCGGACUGCCUGCAGCCACUGAGUAUGCAGGCCCUACCAGCCCAGCCAGAGAGUCUGUGUAUCGUGGAGAUGGGAGGGGUGGAGAAACAGGAUGAACUUGGAGACAAAGGAACCAUAGGCUUUCUCUACCUUAAUAUUGGGCUUCAGAACGGUGUGCUUCUGAGGACUGUCUUGGACCCAGUGACUGGAGACUUGUCAGAUACCAGAACACGCUACCUGGGAUCACGACCUGUUAAACUGUUCAGAGUCAGAAUGCAAGGACAGGAAGCUGUGCUUGCAAUGUCCAGUCGCUCCUGGCUCAGCUACUCUUACCAGUCUCGUUUCCAUCUGACUCCUCUCUCAUAUGAGACUCUGGAGUACGCCUCUGGUUUUGCCUCUGAGCAAUGUCCAGAAGGCAUAGUGGCCAUCUCUACCAAUACUCUAAGAAUCUUGGCUUUAGAGAAACUUGGAGCCGUCUUCAACCAAGUGGCCUUCCCGCUUCAGUACACUCCCAGGAAAUUUGUAAUCCACCCAGAGACCAACAACCUCAUUUUGAUUGAAACUGACCACAACGCCUACACCGAGGCCACUAAAGCUCAGAGAAAGCAACAGAUGGCUGAGGAGAUGGUAGAAGCUGCAGGUGAGGAUGAAAGAGAACUGGCUGCUGAGAUGGCUGCUGCAUUCCUAAAUGAAAAUCUUCCAGAAGCCAUUUUUGGUUCGCCCAAAGCCGGCGCAGGACAGUGGGCCUCACUAGUGCGGCUGGUUAAUCCCAUACAAGGUUCAACACUGGAUCAAGUGCAGCUGGAACAGAACGAAGCUGCGUUCAGUGUGGCCGCUUGUCGAUUCACCAACACGGGUGACGAUUGGUACGUCCUGGUCGGUGUUGCCAGAGACAUGAUUCUCAACCCAAGGUCAGUGGGUGGCGGCUUCAUCUACACAUAUCGACUCGUCAGUGGAGGGGAGAAGCUGGAGUUUGUGCACAAGACCCCAGUAGAGGACGUGCCUUUGGCAAUCGCACCAUUCCAGGGACGAGCCCUAGUUGGAGUGGGAAAACUGCUUAGAAUCUACGACCUGGGGAAAAAGAAGCUGCUACGCAAGUGUGAGAACAAGCACGUUCCCAACCUGGUGACUGGCAUCCACACCAUUGGCCAGCGUGUCAUCGUGUCUGAUGUCCAGGAGAGUCUGUUCUGGGUUCGUUACAGACGUAAUGAGAACCAGCUCAUCAUCUUCGCUGAUGACACAUAUCCCCGCUGGGUGACGACGGCCUGUCUGCUCGAUUAUGACACCAUGGCUGCUGCUGACAAGUUUGGGAACAUCAGCAUCGUGCGUCUCCCCCCUAACACCAGUGAUGAUGUGGAUGAAGACCCCACAGGGAACAAGGCUCUAUGGGACAGGGGCCUCCUCAAUGGAGCAUCACAGAAGGCUGAGAUAAUAAUGAACUACCAUGUAGGAGAGACAGUGUUAUCUCUGCAGAAGACUACUCUGAUUCCCGGUGGUUCAGAGUCCCUGGUCUACACCACGCUGUCUGGAGGCAUCGGCAUACUAGUCCCAUUCACCUCACAUGAGGAUCAUGACUUCUUCCAGCACUUAGAGAUGCAUAUGCGCUCAGAGUUUCCUCCUCUUUGUGGCAGAGACCAUCUCAGCUUUAGAUCCUACUACUUCCCAGUCAAGAAUGUGAUUGAUGGAGAUCUGUGCGAGCAGUUUAACAGCAUGGACCCUCACAAGCAAAAAAGUGUGGCAGAGGAGUUGGACAGAACACCACCCGAAGUCUCUAAGAAGCUGGAGGACAUUCGCACUCGCUACGCUUUCUAAUCUCACACACGGACAUUUCGCACAACACACAUGAAUUUUACCAAUGCAUACGUUUCAGGACCCACAGAUCGUUGCUUUUCCCAGCUGCAAGUCAUCUUUAGUGAUUCAGAAUGAGGUAGUAUGCAAUUUACUGUGAGUAGACACCAGCUUACGUGGAAACCUACAAGAAGCCACUCGGCCUUGUAAGUGUCUCACGUUAACCACCUGUGACGCAAGUACUUGCUUUCAAGUGUGUGAGCAUUUAGCUGCUGUGUGAACAGGAAUGACACAUACUUUUUCACGGGUCAGUUACUGAGAAUUUGUCAGGUUUUUGUCACCUCUACUCUACAGAAACCAUGCAUGCAGCACCACAAAGACACGUUACGUGGAAACAUGACAAAGCUGUUGUUUCUCUAAACAUUGAGCAGUAGCUUUGGUGUCUUUCACACUUACAUCUGUGCGAGCAGAAUUUGGCACAGCUGUAUGAGAGUUCACACGCUUGAUUGCUUUUUCUGUUCACACAGAUCACACUUAGAAAGUGUCAGUCAUCAUGGAAGAAAAUCUUUUUUCUAUUUAAAGAGUUUUUGCAUUACCCCAGGUAGGAAAGGCUAGUUGAUGUCUAAUGUACACAAAGCUGUCUCUGAAAUAUUUCAUUUUUGUGUAUCCUCCAGCUUUGACCACAGGAAACUUUUUUAUAUAAUGAUAUCAUUUUAAUUUGUGCUAAUUGGAAUAAUUUGUUGUGAGACAUACAUACCAUUGUCCCAGAUGGUAUAAAAGUUCCCAGCCCCAAACCCUUCCUGUCUUUGUGAUGUCAUGUUGGCCCCAGGCUCAUUAAAAAGCACAUUGCUUACUCACACCUGGAAGCCUAACACAAGCUGACACCUAACAGUGUGUAAGCUGCAGCCUGCAGUCCAACAAGUGCCGCCGUUCUGUGGAGUUGGUGGAAAAAUACUGAAGGUUUGCACUGGGUGUUGUUCUUGUCAGUCCAGUAAAUUCCCAACCUCAGCCACAGACAUAGCAAUCCACAGUAGUCACUGAAUUUAGGGGGAUUGUGGGACAGGUCAGUGGGCUGUUUUUGUAAAUAAAGUUGUUUUUGUUCUUUAUAAUGCCAAGCGUCUGUAUCAUUUUAUUUUAUUCUUUUCACCUUAGUAUGUUUGGAGAGCGUCAGUUUGAUAAAGGAUGUGUGACUAUAAAUCUUUGUCAUCAUCAACACAUUGGACGCCCGAUAUUAAGAUUAGUCAUGACUGCAUAUACGCACAGCUGUAGUUGAUGUGCCGAUCAGCUGACGGCUUCUGUAAACGUGUGUUUAGUACAGACUCAAGGUGAAGCUGCUCAACUUCAAGGUGAGGAGAAAAGAUUUAGAUGUUGCAGCAAUUUAAGUCAAGUCCAGUUAUGAUGCAUUUAG